UUUCAGUUUACCUAACGAGGUCAAAAUGGCGGCUCGCUGCAUGUGAAAGGGUCGUAACGGGAGCCGGCUUUAUGAUUCGAGAACAUGUAUAAAGCGCCAUGUAGCAGACUGUCAGGUUUGGUUGGUGUUAGUGUGAAACAGAAGUUGAUUCAAAAUGUCCCUCGAUGUAACCAGACUACACGCAGUCUUAUUCAGCUGCAUAGAAGAGAUCCAUCAAACUGGCUGACGUACCAGCAUCUCAACUUCCUGAAACGUCAGUAUGUAGCAAAGAGCAACAAUGAGCUUCACCAACGAGCCAUCCCCAAACAGGCUCCGGUGCUCACCAUUGUGGAUGAGAGAGAUGACAGCGUUGAGAGGCAGGUCCAGAGAAUACCAACUAUUGAUCCUGCGGUCACAGACGCUGAUCCGCAGCCAGACGAUGUCGCCAGUAAGGCACAGCCUGAAAUAUCCACCUUGAAGGCCGCUACAGAUGAUGCAGCGUUACCGAAAAAAUCAAUGUCCAGUACGGUUGCGAGUUCGGACGAGACCCCCCAUGUCCAGGUGGAGACGGAUGAGGCGAGGGAGGCACGUUUAGACCGACAGUGGAAGCAGCUGAAGGUCGAUGUGGCUGACCUGCCGGAUGUUUACGCCAGACUCGCCAAAAUCAAACUCACAGCACUGGUGGUUACGACUGCAGCAGCCGGCUAUGCAAUGGCUCCAGUGCCCUUUGACCCCGUCAUCUUCUUCGUGUCUUGUCUGGGAACAGGCCUUUCCUCGUGUACUGCCAAUUCAAUCAACCAGUACUUUGAGGUGCCUUUUGACUCCAACAUGAACCGCACAAAGAACCGUCCACUCGUCAGAGGACAGAUCAGUCCCCUUCAUGCAGUGUCCUUUGCUCUGGCCUGUGGAGUUCCUGGAGUCGCUCUGCUCACGCUAGCGGUAAACCCCUUGACGGGUUUCCUGGGCGCCCUCAACAUCCUCCUCUACACGAGUUUCUACACACCGCUCAAGAGGCUCAGCAUCGUCAACACCUGGGUGGGAGCGGUGGUGGGUGCCAUACCUCCUAUCAUGGGCUGGACAGCUGCCACAGGCUGUCUGGAGCCAGGUGCUUUGUUGCUGGGUGGUUUCCUGUACAGCUGGCAGUUCCCUCACUUCAACGCCCUGAGCUGGAACUUGAGAGAAGACUACUCCCGCGGCGGCUACCGCAUGAUGUCCGUCACCCACCCCAGCCUGUGCAAGCGCGUCGCCCUGCGUCACAGCGUGGGCCUGAUCGGCCUGUCGACCCUGGCGCCCGUGCUUGACGUCACCACCUGGACCUUCCCCGUCAUCUCCUUACCCAUCAACCUGUACAUCAGCUACCUGGCCUUCCGCUUCUACCGCAAGGGAGACCGCAGCAGCGCCCGCAAGCUGUUCUUCUGCAGCCUCUGGCACCUCCCCAUGCUGCUGCUGCUGGCGCUCACUUGCAAGAAGCCUCGCAGAGAUCGGGAGGACACAGCUCUGACUCCAGCUUCUGUACCCAUCACACUGCCAAGCUAACUAGAUUUAUAUAGAUACCCCGAUACCACUGAGACCCUUAUUUCAACUGAGAUACUCCUUCAGUGUCUCAGUCUGUUUGGACGGUUCAGUGUGACGGACACAUUGUUUUACCUGUGUUCUUAAUUUUCCCCAGUGAUGCUCACUGCAGAUCAGGAAAUGAGCUGGAAAUGAUUUGGAUCAAAAUAGCUGAUUUACAGAAAACACACUGAAUCAUUACAUCAGGUUGUAAUCAUGUCAAUGUGUGUGUACUGUAUAUAUACUGUAUUUAUUUAUAUAGAGGCCCUGUCCAUGUUGUACAUGACUGAUGUUAAAUGACCUUGUACAGUGUAAAUUGCUCCUGUGGAUCCAGAUUGCAUUGUACAAAUGCAAAAGAGAAGAAGAGGAUAUGCGAUGCACCAGGAUGUCAUGUAAUCAAAAGAUGAUUUUACAGUCAGUGUAUAAAAAUAGGACAAAUAUAAACUUAUUCUGAAGCAGCUGCAACACUUAAUAUUCAUCGAUUGUUGUUCUGACUUACACUUGAUCCCUGUUACUUGACAGUUAAUAAGCCUCAUUGUAUUUUGCUAUACAGCAAACGCACUGAUGGGUCCUCAUUUACAUAACGCUUUAUUUCAACACGGUUCACCUGCACCAGAAGAGAAGGAAUAGUUAACCCUUGUGAGAAAAACACGAGGGCAAAUGUCUGACAAUAAACACGUCACGAAUGUA